UUGUGCGCUUGACUAUUUCAAAUGUGCGUCUCCAUAGUGACUGAAAUCAUUUGUAUCCAUGCUUGUUCAUUUCAAUAUGCGUUUCUCUUUAAACUUCUCUAAGUUCGACACUUAAUAUUCUUGGGUAUUUUAUUUCAUACGUGAUUAAUUUUUAUCAACAUGGAUCUGGAGAUUGAAAGCUUUGAUGACUUUGGAUUAAGAUCUCCUGUACGGAGUACAUCUCGAAAUAAAAAGUGGUUUGAGCGGACUGAAGCUCUGAAUUUGAAAGAUGAUGAUGUUUCCAUUCGGUCAAAAAUCUGGAAUUUUGGCUUGAAUUUAAUGAAACCCUCUUAUAUAGGGGAAGGCCGUGACUACUCGUCAACUAUCAAAAACUUGAUAAACGUCGGGUUAUUGAAAUCGACCAGAAACGAAGAGAAAGAUACAUAUUCGUGUACAUGGCAAAUUUAUGACAAAAAUGGACAAACUCACACGGACAAGGAUUUGAAGGAUUACAUUCGUACACAUUACACCAGGAAAGUUGAUAUAAAAAAAGAUCUUUCCGUUUGUACCUACAGAGAAUGUGAUCGUUCAACAUGUACUUAUCAUGAUGGAAAAACUCCACGCACAACUAACACUGUUGUUGGUAAAAUUUCUAAACUCAUCGCAACUUGGUAUUGUGUCUACUGCCAAGAGCCUUUAUCCUAUAAGGCAGGUGUCGGAGACCACGGAAAAGCUUGUCCAUAUCAAGUACGAGCUGCUUCCGAGGAUCCCCAAAAAUCAGAUUCAAGAUCAAACAAAAAUCUGAGAGGCGCACAAAUAAACGUCGAAAAGAUAACUUCACCUGAAAGCUUUGAAGAGGAAUUGAAUAAUUUUCUCGAAAAAAUUCAUUACCAGAUGCAAGCAUCUGACUGUUAUUCAGAAGAAAAAGGUUUUGACAUUUUCAUGGAAGAGCUAAAACAAAAUCCGUCAUUUGAAUUCAUCGAAGUUUUCAAAAAAUUUCAUUAUUCCCCUACAAAAUAUCGUGUCAAUAUUGAAGACGACAAAUUUUAUCAAAUCAUUUACGUGCCUAAGAAUAUACGAUACCCUGAUAAAGCAAAAUCACCAAGAUUCCAGAUGGUGGAAAUCUCUGCUGAAAAAGUAAUUACAAUUCAUCGAUUGGACGCGAUCCGUGAUCAAGCAAUUGGUGCAGCAGCAGAUGACGAAAAAUGCCAUUAUGAUGGUUGUGCUUGUGGAGGCAAGUUUGAAAAUGGCGAUCAAGAACGAUUGAUCGGACAUGUGUUCGAAAACAACAUUGUGAUCGUAUGCGUUGGAUGUGGACUAGGCUUAAGAAACAUAAAGGAUUAUGAGGAGCAUUUACGACCGCAAUGCUGGCUGCCAAGACCAUCAACGGGAAAUGAAAAAAAUAACAGCUGAAUAAUUUUCAAGCAUUUAUAUAAAUCAAAAACCAAUUUAUAAUUUACUAUGCAAGUAUAUUGCUAGUUUUUUGAUAUUUACUUUAUUUGCUAGUUUUUUUAGUUCAAAUAAAUUACCAAAAUAAACAAAAAAAUCUGAUUCAAUUAUUAUUUCAGUUACAUGAAAAUAAAAAACUCAGUGCAAA